AUGGACCUCUGGAACUCGAUAAAAGAAGGUUUUAUUCCAAUGAUUGGCAAAACUGUGAGGGAUGUUACUGUCCCACCUCUCAUUGUUGGAGACUCUGCAUUUCCCCUUCGUUCUUGGCUACUGAAACCAUAUACCAAUGCUGUAUUGACACCUCAGCAGCAUUACUUCAACUAUCGCUUGUCUAGAGCGUGCAUGGUCACAGAAGCUGCAUAUGGUCAACUUAAGGGGAGGUGGAGGGUCCUAUUCAGGAAAAAUGAAAGCAACUGAGAUCAAGCCCACAUAACCACUCUAGCAUGCAUGGUGCUUCACAAUACUUGUAUUAUGCAGGGAGAUGCCAUCUCAAGGAAGCUUGAUUUGUCUCUUGAUGAAAGUGGUGGAAAGAGGAACAGGGACGAAUUGA